CCCCACAUUGUACAAUCAUCUGCCACCACACGAGCAGCCGUUACCGCAGGAUCCGGAAGAGGAAUGGUUGGAGGAUUUGUCCCACACUGCCUCUGGGGAGAUGAUUUACGGAAGAGUGGAUGGGGAGCUAUUGCCGACAAAGGGAGGCAGAGAGAAGUCACAAGUCAUUCUCGGCAAUGCUGGAGGAGGGUAUCGACGGAGGCAACACAAAGAUUGUGGACUUGGAUUUCGGUUUGUCAAGCCGAACUGCUGCACCGGUUACGAACACUUGUGCAUCGAGCCACGUCGUCGCCACGACCGUUGGACAAACGUCUGUGCAUGGGGUGGGAGGGGCGGGGCGUGGCGGAAGGUCGUGUCCGGUGGGUGGCAGCGCAGAUGAGUGUCGUUCGGCGCCCUCCUUCUCUCGAGGUGAGGGAACAUCUGGCGACAAGGCGCCGACAGUGUUACCCCCCCACUCGACAACACCUUCACCCCCACCACGCCGUAGGGUGGCCGCACCGGCGGCGAACACGAGCACUACCCCGGCGGAAGAAAUUGGCAGGUACGUGUGGGACUCCUGUCGCCAACAGAUGCGCGGAACGACCGCUGAGAACAUAACGAACGAGGUGUCGAGGAUGCGUGUUGGAAGUGAUGCCGAUGCGGACGAUACCCAGAGGGCGACUGGUGACGAUUCUUUGAAUUUUCAUUGCGAGGACGAAGCGGACGAUGCGAAAGAGUUGGAGAUUCGACCCCUGUGUGUUCGUGGUAGAGGGAGGGGUGGAUGCGGGUGUCAACAGAAUCGGGGAUCUCGUGGUGGUCGAGUAUCAAAGGCUCGUGCAUGCAAGAAGGGUGGCAAACAUCCGACUUGGAGUGUUGAGGAGAUGGUGAAGCUCGCUCGGGAGCUGCAGAAGCGUUUGGUGGAGGUGGGCGUGAAGAGGACGACCGAUGACAUCGGGAAGAAGUGGAAUAAUCUCUUCCGACAGUAUAAGAAGGUGAAACGAUACCAGAACGCCUCUGAGGGGAACAACUUCUUCAAAUUAACGCCUGCAUUGAGAACGGAAGAGGGUUCCAGCUUCCAAAUGGAUGAGCGACUGUACCUUGAGAUUGACAACAUGUCUCGAGGCAAUAAAACCAUCUACCCAGACAACCUCGCCGACACGAGCACCCGUGGAGAAGUGCGGAUGCCGGGGGACACGCAACGUCCGCCAUCGGUUGCAGGCGAAUCCAUCGCUAGGGGAGACGCGAGUGAUGGCAACAACGAAGAUGGAGGGUCGGCGCGGGAGUCCAGGUUCACUGCAGGCAGCACGGGCGGCGCUGGCAAGAGGAAGAACAUGCGCCAGCAGACGUUCGACGCCAUUGCCGAAGUCAUGGAGAAGCACGGUGCACUGAUGGCGGACACUCUGGAGGGGGGAAACAAGCAGCAGUGUUCCAUCGUGGAGCGGCAGUGCGUCAUACUUGAGCCCGAGGUCGACGCCCAGAAGCGGCACUACGAGGCGUCCGAUGAGGCGAACAGGAUGAUGUGCACUGCGUUGAUGGAGAUCACGAAAGCCAUCAGGGACAGGUCCUGAUGCCGCCUCAGCUCAGAUGUC